CUAUGUAUUUGAACCAUUUGGGUAUAAAUAUGUCUUUGUCUUUGCUUUUGUAUACUUGUGAUAUCAUAUUUUAUAAAGUAUUUGUUUGAGUUACUCCUUAAUCAGAUGGAUCCAUCUUUUGAUAUGUUGUGUGAUGUUGUUCCUGGAAGAGAAUCAUGGAGGGUUAAGGUUCGGGUUAUUCGUGUUUGGGAAGUUCCUAAUUUCUUGAAUCAUGACCAGACUAAUUCUAUUGAAAUGGUCUUGAUUGAUGAAAAGGGAGGAAAGAUUCAUGCGACUAUUAGGAAACAACUGCUGUAUCUUUUUAAGCUUAAGAUUAUGGAGGGUCAGACUUAUAAACUUUCAUACUUGGCUGUUGCACCCAGCAGUGGUAGCUAUCGUACCACUCUGCAUCCAUACAAGUUUUUUUUCCAGAUGAAAACCAAAGUCCAAAUCUGUGAGGGUGAUUCCAUACCAAAGUUUGGGUUGUCUUUUAGCAAUAUCUCCGAUGUUUUAUCCCAUACGGUUGAUUAUGAUUACUUGGUUGAUGUGCUGGGUAUAAUGACUGGUAUAUCUGUUGAGAGAGAAUACAUUAAAGAUGGAAGGGUUACAAAAAUGAUAGUCAUGGAAUUGACUGAUAAGAGUGGAAAAUGUGAAGUUGCAUUGUUUGGAGAUUAUGUUGAUAUUCUUCAGAAGAAAAUGGAGAAUACUUCCGAAGGAUUGCCGGUUGUAGCUGUCCAGUUUGCGAAGCUGAAGAUUUUUAGAGAUAAAGUUUCUCUACAAAAUGUCAUGAAUACUACUCAGAUUUUCAUUAAUCCUGAUAUUCCAGAGGCUGUCGAAUUAAAAAUUGGGGAUAUUUCUUCUGGGCUUGACCAAACCGGGGUUGUUCCUGUACUUGGUCCUCGUGCCAAACCUACUUUUGAAGAAGAUUUUAUCCGUGAUAAUCCAAAAAGCACUAUCUCAAGUCUGUUGGGUUCAUCUGAAGAUGGUAUAUAUGUUGUGCUGGGUAUAAUCAGUGAUUUGGUUGAAGGGCAGGACUGGUGGUAUCCUGCCUGUCGUUGUCAUAGAAUUGUCAGUGCUGAUUCUGGUGCCUAUUAUUGUAAAGGGUGUGUAAAGCAUGUCUUUCAUAUGGUGCCUAGGUUUAAAGUCAAGUUUCGUGUUCGCGAUGCUACUGGUGAUGCUAUUUUUGUUGUUUUCGAUUCGGAUAUGUUCAACCUUAUUGGAAAACAGUGUAGUGAUCUGGUUUCUGCUGGAAAGGCUGAAAAUGCUGGUUUCUAUCCAAGUGAACUGAAGGAUUUGGUUGGUACUAAACUGCUUUUCAAGGUUGAGAAAUCUUCCUCAACCCAUGUUUUAUUUGAUGGUUCAUUUAGGGUCAAGCGAAUUUGCAAUGAUGCAUCCGUUAUGCAAAUUUUCAAUCCUUCUCUGCUGCAAGUUUCUACCAAAGAGGUUGUUAUAGAUUAUUAAUUUCUUAUUCUUUAUUGAAAUAAUUCAAAUUAUCUAAGAUUUCAAUAUGUAUUUGUAGAUUGAUAAUAAAUCUCCUGAAUCUGGUGGGUUAGUUGAUGAUGUUGACGAUGAGGUUGUUGAAGAAGAGAUUGUUGAAGAAACUCAGUUAGAUGGAUUUGUCUCUGAUCUUUUGGUUACUCCUGAAACUGCUUUGGCUCCUCCUACUAAAGUGUUUGCUGGUGGUAGUUCUAAGAGGAAUUUGUCCAAGGCUUUUGAAGAA